AUGCAGCGCCGGGUUUCAUCUGACGACCUUCAAGUGCAUGAACAUACAAUGUCCCAAAAAGCCCUCGAAAAAUUAUUUCCAAUCAAGAAUUUUGUUUCAGAUCUAUCGACCCCUCUCCUUCAAUCCGCAGCAUCUCAGAAUGGCACCAGUGGUCGCCUAGUCGUUGUAGGCGAUGUGCAUGGGAUGCACAAGUCUCUCCAGGCUCUGUUAGAGAAAGUCGACUUUAGCAAACAGAAUGGCGACCAUCUGAUUCUAGUCGGCGAUUUAGUUAAUAAGGGACCCGAUAGCUCUAGUGUCAUCGACCUCGCUAUGAGGCUAGGCGCCAGCGCGGUGAGAGGCAACCACGACAACGCCGUUCUGAAAGCAGCCACCGAGAUAAAAGCCAGAGAGGAGAAUCCCUCGCAAGGUUCAAGCGGUGACACAUUACCUGAGAACUCCGAAGCGACCUCAUCGGGAGAAACAGUGCAAGACCCCAACAAUGCAGACAAGCCUGCAUCUUCCCCCAAAUAUGAAACAGCAUCGUCACUUUCGACGACCCAACUCGACUGGCUUGCCGAAUUGCCUUUGAUCUUGCGCGUCAAACUACCUCAGUAUACAUCAUCUACCCUCGGCGACUCCUUGAUUAUUGUACACGCGGGACUUGCCCCUGGUAUUCCCCUUGAAGAUCAAGACCCACAUGCGGUUAUGCACCUGCGGAGCCUGGUUCAUCCACCAGGCGAUGAGACUUCACUCACGCCGGCAGAGGCACCAGGAGACGAAAGCUGGAUUGUAGAAUGGGACAAAUGGCAAGAAGGCCUAUCGUCUAAGAGUACUGUGAUUUUUGGACACGAUGCAAAGCGUCGUUUGCAACUGGGCAAGUAUACAAUCGGAAUUGACUCGGGUUGUUUGUACGGCAACCAGUUGAGCGCCGUGGUCAUUGCGGCUUCCGAGAGUGGGAUUGAGCACCAAAUCGUUCAAGUCGAAUGCGCUGAUGCACAUUUGGUUGUGUGA